UUAACUUAGGAAAGAAAGAAAAAAAAAAUGGCAAAGAGUAAUGUUGAAUUGAGCAGCAUUAAUUUUGUAGAGGUUGAAUUGAGUCAUGAAUCGGGCGAUGAACUCACAGCUGAUGAUAAUGAUGAGUGGAUAAUAUCCAUUCUUGAAGAGACACCCAAUGCAUCUUCAUACAAGCCACUACAGAAGGUUCCACGAGAAUUACGGGAGAAGGAGCAGAAUAAGGGAUUUUUUGAUCCUAUAUUCAUUUCAAUCGGUCCCUAUCACCAUGGCAAUCCUGAGCUGAAAGAAGCCGAAAAGUUGAAGACCAUAGUGGUACGUUCAUUCAUAGCAGCUUACACCAACGUAGAACCCCGUGAAAUCUAUAAUAAGAUGUUAGAAGUGGUGAGUGAUGCUAGAAACUGCUACCUUGAGGGCUCAACAGAUGCGUAUGACGACGUAACAUUCGCCCGUAUGAUGCUGCUUGAUGGUUGUUUUCUCCUGACCUUCAUGAAUAGACAUGGAUCCGCUUUCAAUGAUCUGAUUAAUCAUGUAGGCAUUGCUGGUUUCCGUGGGAUAGUUGCUGACAUCAGUCUGCUCGAAAACCAACUUCCUUUCCUAGUUCUCCAGGCCUUGAUUAGCAGUACCAGUUCUCCAGUAGGCGAAUGGGAGGAAUCCAUCGAAAAUUGCAUGACCUCAAUGUACAUAGAUGACAAUGCAACGUGGACGGAACGAACUUAUAAGCAUGAGAAAGAACAACCCCUUCAUUUACUAGCUCUUUUAAGAAGAAGAUUUAUCGGCCUGUACACUCCAGCUGAUGAACAAGUUAGCAGCAGCGGCAAAAUAUACCAAGACGAUGGUCCUUGUAAAUUAGAUGACCAACCCCGUCCACGUUGUUCCUUCAAAAAGGUUAUUCCUUGCUGGCCCAAAAGAGGGCAUAAGGAGAGCGAUCCACACAAGGAUCUUUAUGAUCACUCAUUUCGUUCAGCCACAGAACUUAAAGCAAGGGGCAUACAUUUCAGGCCUAGCACCACAUUUUCUUUGACGGACUUCACUUUCACUUCUCGGUUUGGCUACGGACUGCUCACACUUCCUCAACUCACAUUUGACUGGGGAACAAAAUACUGCCUUCUAAAUAUGAUGGCUUAUGAGUUGUCUACCCUGUCUGGAGAUGAGGACAUGGAUGUAUGUAGUUACAUCUAUUUUAUGAAUUCACUCAUAAAUGGAGCUGAAGAUGUGAUCGAGCUACGGACACAUAACAUCAUUCAUAACUUCUACAGCACUGAUGAAGAAGUGGCAAAAGCAUUCAACUCCAUGGCCAUAGGGGGUAGAUAUCAUUCCUUCAGCGGACCUACCAAAGAUGUCAGUGAUGGAAUACAAAAGCAUUACAAUAGCAGGAUGAAGACUUGGACGGCUCAAUUAUGGAACAACUAUUUUAGCAAUCCCUGGUCUGUUGUGGCUUUCUUUGCGGCAACUUUUGCACUGGUUCUGACUUUCAUUCAAACAUUUUUUCCUCGUUAGCAAAAUUAAAGCAGGUUCAAGGACGACAUAGGAGCUGGAUGGAUUCAUCAAUCGAUCAACUGAUCUGUUGUGAUACUCCUGUUUGUCAAAUAAUAGGAUCCUCCAAGCUUCAAGGGCUUCCAACAAGUUAAUCAUGUGUGUACGUGCUUAAAAAGCAAGAACUCAUUUGAUAAGUUGUUGCUGUUGCUGCUGCUGCUGCUGCUGUUUUUAUUUUUUAUUUUUUAUUUUUUAUUUUUUUUAUUUUUAUCUUAUCUUAGCUACUCUGCUCCUUAUGGUGUGUUUAUCUUUAAAAUAAAUCAAUAAUGAAGUGUGUAUUGCCAUAUGAGAGCUACAUCCUUUCUUUAUAUAUAUAUAUAUAUUUCUUCAAUACUUUGCAGCUAUAUAUAUAAGCAUUUGGUAUCAAAUAUUUGGGAUGGGCAUAAUGUGUCCAUUUGGAACAC